CGUGUACAAAUUACACAUACUCAAAAAGAGACUAGGGUGACAGCUGGUUCCCGUCGUUCACGUAAAAGAGCCAGCUGAUUGACUCGGCUCCGCCGCGACACACACCUCACGUCACUCGGCUAGCUGCUGCUUCUUUAUGCUAGGCUAUCAAACAGGUUGUUCAUGAUUAACAAACCCAUGGUAUCAUCGUGGGGAGGACUUUGACAACACCUGGAACCUCAUGUGAAAAUACCAACAUGUGACUACAUGUAAAAAAAAAAACACCCGAAGAUGGAGAAGGAGAGCAAACCGACAUCUUCUGCUGGUCCUCCUCGGGGUUUUGAUCAAAAACACCAGAGGAAACCGAGCAGGGAGACUCCUGAUCCUCACGCAGCUCCUGCUCCUCCCCUAGUCUUACCAAACCCUUACGCCUCCAACCAAACCUCUGCAAGGAACUGGGCAGAUCCGAGCCAAAAACGAGCAGGAAAAGGGGAAGAUGUUUCAAGAAGUCACGGCUACAGCAGCAGACGACCCGUGAGAGAGACCAGCGACAAAGACAGGACCCUUUGGGAUCCUCAAGAACAGACAUCAAAAAGCAGCAAUGACUUUCAAGGCAGAAAGGUGGGCAGAAACUCAGCGGAGUCACAGAAAAAAGCUUCAGGUUUUAGACAUGUCAGGUCUGCCCCAGCCUCUGGAAGAAUAUCAGCACCGGCAGAUUUUGUCCCGUUUGAAGUCAAGAUGGCUGAUUUCCCAGAGUUAGCCGGCGGUUUACAGAAAACAGCCGCUCAUGCUGGAGCUCAGAAAGCCUGCUGGGGUCCAGAUCCUCCGUGCUCAAGCCCACAAAUUCAGGUGACUUCCUGGAAGGCUGGCAGAAGUGGAACCCCAGCAGAACCUGACCCCUUGCAAAAUAACCCACCAGCUCAGCCGUCAAUUUCAUCCUGGGCUAAUAUUGCCUCUCAGCCCCCAAAGAAACCUGCCAUUACAGACCAGAUGAACCCCUGCAGUGACAUACAGAAAAAAGGCAUCGCUGCCCCAAAACAAGAGGGAGCCCCAGAAAAGAAAAAGCGAAAGAGGAAAAAGAAAUCCAAAAGCAAUCCUGAAGAUGCAGAAGCUGAGUCAGAGAGUCCACUAGUUCAUCGCGAGCCUCCAAAACUCGAGGAUGAAGAAGAAUUCCCUGACUUGUCAAUGGGCUUAACUGGGACUGAUAGGUUUAUAACCAGCAGCAAAACAAAGCUAUGCAAUGAGGAAAACCAAAGAGAGGCGGGGCAACAUCAGUCGACUGACCUGAACAAGGAAAAGUCCCCAGCAGGAAAAAAUCUGAAUAACGCUGAAAUUACCAAAAAAGGACAGAAAGCAGAGAAAGCGUCCGGGAAGAAGAGCAAAGCUCCGGUCCAGCUGGACAUCGGAAACAUGUUGGCCGUCCUGGAAAAGAAGCAACAAACUCAAAAAUCCAAACAGGACACCAAGCCCGUUAUUCUCUCCGUUGGUGGAGGGCUACCUGUGGUCCAGAAGCAAUCGUCAGCUCUGAAGAAGCCGCCCUGGCAGCAGGACAAAAUCGCACACAAUCCGUUGGACUCGACCAGCCCUUUAGUUAAGAAAGGAAAGCAAAGAGAAGUGCCUAAAGCCAAGAAGCCUAGUCCUUUAAAGAAGGUGAUUCUGAAAGAGAGGGAAGAGAGAAAACAGAGACGUCUGCUAGUGGAGAGAGGACUGCUGCCCGAAAAUGAGCCUGAACUGGCUAAUGACGCUACAGACGAGCAGAACGACUCAAACGACACAGAAGAGACCCAAAGCCUUACACAAAGAUUUGAUGAACAGCUGAAUUUAAACGGUACAAACUCCGACAUGGAGGAGGCCGAUCAAGAGGCCGACAAAGACGCGGCCGUACAGCAAGAAUCACCCUCAUCCGAGCCCCAGCAGAACAAUGUUCCCAAAAUUCACAGCAGAAAGUUUAGAGACUACUGCAGCCAGAUGCUGAGAAAAGACCUGGACGAGUGCGUGACGUCGCUGCUGAAGGAGCUGGUGCGUUUCCAGGAUCGCCUGUACCAGAAGGAUCCCAUGAAGGCGCGCAUGAAGAGGCGCAUCGUGAUGGGCCUCCGAGAGGUCCUGAAACACCUCAAACUGAAGAAGGUCAAAUGUGUCAUCAUCUCGCCGAACUGCGAACGCGUUCAGUCUAAAGGUGGCCUGGAUGAGGUCCUUCACACGAUCAUCAGCAUGUGCCGCGAACAGGGCGUACCGUUCGUGUUUGCACUUUCCAGGAGAGCGCUGGGCCACUGUGUCAACAAGGCUGUGCCCGUCAGCCUGGUGGGCAUCUUCAACUACGAUGGAGCACAGGACUUCUAUCACAAGAUGAUCGAGUUGUCAUCUGAGGCCAGGAGAGCCUACGAGGAGAUGCUGUCCAGCCUGGAGCAGAGUGACCAGGCUGACGCCGAGCAGGAUCCAAACACAGAGCAGCUGCAGGCGGACCGCCCGGCUGAGGAGUCUAAGCCUGGAGCCGACACUACAUGGUCCGACAAACCACAGUACUUGAAAUUCUGGGAGGAGAUGCUGGAGAAAGAAAGCAGCCUCGCUUUUCUGAGCCAUGCGGCGCAGCUGUUGGACCGUGAAUGUACAGAAGACACGGAAGAGGAGAGAAGCUGACUGCAAAAGAACAAAAAGUUUAAUUUGGGGGGUGGGGGGAUGGACUUUGGUUAGAUUGUUCUUAUUUUGAUAAUAUUUUCUGCAAAUAAGGAAUUUAAUUCUUUCAGGAAAACAACCAAGCCUCACAAUAUAAACUUUGAACCAAGUUGACUGUGACCCUUCCUGCAGAAUGUGUUAGAUGUAUCUUUUGUACUCAUAAUUAUCUUGGAUCAAUUGUGUUGACUUCGUAGCUAUGUUUGACCUGUGGAGAGAUUAUAUGAAUUUAAGUGAAUACCACUUUAUUUAGAAAUGACAAAGCUAAUUAUCUAGUUAUUAAUUAAGCCGUAAACACUAUCGACCAUUAGGAGGCAGUCAUAGGGCAUUAUUUAAAAGGGUGAGUGGAAAGUUUUGGCAUCCUAAUUGAUAGCACGUUUGUUAAUUAUUUAUAAGUCAUUAACGAGGUUAAGAAGUCUUCUUGGAAGGCGUUAUUCUGAAGUUUCAUAGAAGGCCAUAAAAUGAAAAUGAUGUGAUUUUAAAGAACCAGCAGAAAUGGUCAUCAUUUGGAAACAUGCAGAAAAGUCUACAUUGGAAGAAAUUAAGGUCAAAAUGUUUAUAAAAGAUGUUAUUGCACCUUCAAGUUAGCAUUUUAUGACCAUGAUGAGACAAUCUAAAUCCUACAUUAGUUUAAUAGACUUCAUUAUUAAUGGACUGUUGUCAUCACCAUUGUCGAUCCUAUUCUGAAAUAAAUUCAGAAACGCUUCAUACAGAAGAUACUGACUGCUGUGUGUUGAGGUUUGUAUGCAUAAAUCAUCCUCAUAAAGAUCUUUUCUGUGCUUUGAUUUGUUGUCACAGUUGUAGGCUGUUCGCUACAUACCUCUCAGAGCUACGUUUAGUAGCUUAAUCCAUUUCUUUGUUUCAUAAAUUUUAUUUUCCUGUU